GGCAGGUAUCCGCGCGAUGGUAAGAAGGCGGGUGAGGGGAAGUACGGGAGGUGAAGCGCCUUGGGGGUCGUGGUCAAGGUUAGGCAGGCAGGCGGAUUUCUGGGGUUCUGAUUUGGAGGAUCCGCGGGAGGGAGCUCCGGCGUGGGUUAAGGCUUGCUGUGCCGCGCCUUUCUACGCCCGGGCCACGUGGGCCGACAGGGCACUCUCCGAUCAUCACAAACCUGGGGUCCAUUGAAUGCAUUUGAGAGCUUUGAAACCAUGAUCUCAUGUGGUAUGUUGUGAUCCCCAUUGUGAAAGGGGAAGAAACCGAGGCCCAGAGAAGUGAAGUAACUUACACAAGGAGCUACAGCUAGUGACUGGCCCCCAAGUCCAAAGCAUCUGUCGCUGCCCUACUCAGGGUGUAGAACGGUGCACCUAAUAAAAACCUUGUGCUGUGGGUUGGCGCCUCCCAUCCCCGCCUGCUUUGGUCUUCCCCCUCCCCCAAACAGGGCUAAGAAAUCAGCGAUUCCCUUCAGCACCGAAGAUGGUGCUUUAACCUGACAGAAUGGGGAAGUUAUUAUGGCUGCCCUCCUCCGCGCUGUGCUUCGACGGCCCGGCCCGGCCCUGUGGAGAAGGCCUGUCUGCGGGCUGUGGUGCCGCACAGCCACCGGCCGGGAUCCGGGGAGGUGGGUGGGGAGCGGGUGCCCCGCCCCGAAGGAGAAAGCGGCAGGUGCGGAGACAGAGAACUUCCAGAUGGUCUACCGGUUUGACGCCAUCAGAGCCUUUGGGUACUUGUCUCGGCUGAAGGUGGCACAGACGGCCCUCACGGUGCUGGCCCUCCCGCCUGGCUGCUACUGGUACUCGCAGGGCUUCGUGACGCUCGGCUCCCUGUGUGUCGCGGGCGGGGUGGCUGGCUUUGCCCUGGCCAUGCUCUGCUGGAUGAGCUAUUUCUUCCGGAGGCUGGUGGGCAUCCUGUAUGUGAACGAGGCGGGCACUGUGCUGCGGGUGGCGCACCUGACCUUCUGGGGCCGGCGGCAGGACACGGACUGCCCCGUGGCCGACGUGAUCCCCAUGACGGAAACCAAGGACCGGGCCCAGGAGCUGUUUGUGCGUAUCCAGCAGUACAGUGGGAAGCAGACCUUCUACCUCACCCUUCGCUACGGACGCAUCGUGGACAGAGAGCGUUUCGCGCAGGUGUUUGGGACGCUGGACUCCCUCAAGUGAAUUGGGAGCUGGGUCUCCAGCAGGAAGGCCGAGGAUGAAACAGGGGAUUGGGCACCUGAGGACUUCGGCAGGGCCUCUGGGCACCCGCUUUUGGGAUGCAGAGUCCUAAGACAGAAGCUAGUGAUCGCGUUUCGGAAAGAGGCCCUUAGUACCAAUUCAUACUGCGUUUGUGUGACAUUUAGUCAGAUAACGGCCAGAAGUUCACAGCUGGUUCUCGGAGGAAGCUGUGUCCGGUUCACUCAGGCAGGGCAGUGCUGCGAAAUCGGAAGUCAGGGAGGUGAGGCAGAGCAAGCUCAGGACGUGGCUUGAGCAGACUCGGGUGCUGUCAGUUCUCGACUGCCUGUCCUGGAGUCACCGUGUCUCUCAACCCUGGUUUUCACAUCUGAGAAAGGGAAAAAUCCUGUCUCCUGGCAUGGGUGUGAAAAUAAACGGUAAAUGUCAAGGUGAGUACAAAGGUGAUGGUGUGCUGAAAAGCUUCCAAGCAGUCAGUAGGGCUUACCCGAGGCCUGUGCCGCCCCCGUCGGGCCUCAGCAGCAGGAAAGGACGGGAAGAAGCCCAGGUGGAGGCGGGUCGUGUGACCGCGGCGGAGGGUGCUGGCCAGGCGAGUGCAGCAUCCCUUUGCCAAGGUUGUGGCCUGGGGCCCUCCUGUCCGAAGGCUCUGGUGGAUAAAACCAGGCGAGCUGUGUUCUGGUGCGUUCUUUUAUAAGCUAAAGCUAGUUGUGUGCACAAUUAGUGGUUAGUAAAAGAUGUUUGUUUCACAGUCUGUAGCAAAAUAAAGAGGAAGGAAGAGGUGAUCGUCAACAGUUCCACCACUCAGAAGUCAGUGACUAGAUGCUUUAUUGUGGGGACUUCCAGUCUUUUAUUGUGUUAAAACACACAUCAUGUAAAUGUAUUCCUUCAGCCAUUUUUGAAUGUACACUUCAGUGGUAUUAAGGAUGCCUACAACGUUGUGCAGCCAUCACAUCUGCUCGUUUCCAGAACGUUUUCAUCAUCCCAAGGAGAAACUCUGUACCCAUUAAACGGUCACUCCCCAUCUCCCCCUCCCUCCGGCCUCGUAACCACUCAUCUGCUUUCUGUUUCUGUGGAUUUGCUUUUUCUGGACAUUCCACGUAAACGGAAUCGCCCACUGUGGUCUUGUGUCUGGCUUCUUUCACCUGGCGUGAUGGUUCCAACGUGCAUCCGUGCUGUAGCCUGUGUGAGAGCCUCAUUGCUUUUCGUGGCUGGAUAACCACAGUGUAGACCACAGUUUGCUUAUCUGUCUGUUGAUGGACAUUUUGAUAGUUUCCACCUUUUGGCUGUUGGGAACAGUGCUGCUGUCAGAGUUGGCACACGAGUCCCUGCUGUCGCUUCUUUUGGGGCUCCUGGAUGCCGACAGGCAGACAGGCGGAAAUAUUGGAUCUUACGGUGACUGUGUGCAAGUUUUUGAGGAACCGCCGAACUUCCCCACAGCCGCCAUGUCCUUUUUUACCCGUCUCAGCCGUGCACGAGGGUUCUGGCUUCACAUCCUCCUGAUGGGCAGGAGGUGAUACCUUACCGUGCUCUCAGGCUUUUUAAAAACAUAGAUGUUACCCUGUACCUGGAAUUUUUUUUUUUUUUUUUUUUUUUUGCUUCAUGUAACAUAGCUAUCUUACUUGUAAACAUAUUAAAAAUAUUCUGUCACAAGAAAAAAAAAUACCUCAUUACUAUGUGAGAUGCCUGAUGUUAACUGACCUUGUCAUAAUCAUUUUGCGAUAUAUACGUGCAUAAAUCAUUAUGUUGUACACACUAAGCUGA